AUGGCUGCGGCGGACCGGCCCCCUGUUAGGGAAGGAGUACGGAUAGUUUUUCUGUGUGUGUGCUGGUACACGGUCAGUUCGGGGGGCAACAUCGUCAACAAAAUCAUCCUCAAUGGAUUCCCGUACCCGGUCACAGUCUCUCUGUUUCAUAUUAUUUCUAUCGUCGUCUUCCUCCCACCGUUGUUGCGGGCAUGGGGAGUCCCUAGAACAGAACUGCCGAGCAGGUAUUACCGGUGGUACAUCCUGCCUUUAGCUUUCGGAAAAUACUUUGCGUCUGUGUCGGCACACUUCAGCAUAUGGAAAGUACCCGUUUCAUAUGCGCACACCGUCAAAGCUACAAUGCCAAUAUGGGUUGUGCUGUUAUCAAGAAUUAUCAUGAAGGAGAAGCAAACCACGAAGGUGUAUGUAUCGCUCAUCCCCAUCAUUGGAGGAGUGCUGCUGGCCACAGCAACUGAGCUGUCCUUUGAUGUUUCAGGACUAAUCAGUGCUCUGGCUGCCACGCUGUGCUUCUCUCUGCAGAACAUCUUCUCCAAAAAGGUGUUGCGCGACACAAAGAUCCACCACUUGAGGCUUCUCAACAUCCUGGGCUUUAAUGCUGUUCUCUUCAUGCUGCCCACCUGGGUUCUGGUGGACCUCUCUGUGUUUCUUGUUAACGGAGACCUGUCGGAGAUCUCAGGAUGGUCAGGUACCUUCGUCCUCCUGCUCAUCAGUGGCUUUUGCAACUUUGCUCAGAAUGUCAUCGCCUUUAGUGUACUGAACAUCGUCAGCCCGCUCAGCUACGCCGUCGCCAAUGCCACCAAGAGGAUCAUGGUCAUUAGCAUCUCACUGCUAAUGCUGCGCAACCCGGUCACCCUCACAAACGUCAUGGGUAUGAUGACGGCCAUAGUCGGGGUCUUCCUUUACAACAAGGCCAAGUAUGACGCUAACAAGGAGAAGAAGCUGCUGCCAAGCGCCAAGCAGGACCUGAUGUCCUUUGAAAACCCAGCGCUGGAGAAUAUCCAGGCCAACGGGUCAUUGCCUUUCUCCCACGGGUCAGAGCAACAUCACAACUGGAACAACGUGCUGACCGACCACUUCCAGUACAGCCGGCAGGCCUACACGAAAAACCAGUACGUGGUGUAAAGGAGGAGUCUGUCCUUGAGACGGGUGGCUGUCAUAGACAUUACUGUGUGUAGCCACCCUCCCAGCAGCGGGGGACAGCCCCGCUCCAAACACGAGACUGAAGGCAAGUGCUGUUUGUUCUGGAUAGGAAGAAUGAGAUGGCCAGUGGCAUGACUUCUCCCACGCUCCUCCCUGUUUAAACUUCACUUUCUGACAGCAUCGCUGUAUGUCAUUGUUUAUUUAUUAGUUUGGUACCGACUGUAUGGAAUGGUCUGAGAGAAAAACAAAACUUAAAGCAACACCAAAGCACUUUUCCUCUUCGGUCCCCCUACAGGUUG